GACAUCAGACACGUAUUGUAGCUACUCGAGAUUCGACACAGAACCACCACCGGCCACCGAGCAGCAGCACACUAAGGACAAGCACACACGCGCGUACCAGUAGUUCAUCCUUUGGCAGUUAGAAGGGCAGCAGGAUGUUCGUGAUUAAGCGCGACGGCCGAAAGGAGACGGUGUCGUUCGACAAGAUCACGGCCCGGAUCAGUCACCUGUGCUACGGACUUGACCCCACGUACGUGGAGCCCACCCUCAUCGCGCAGAAGGUCAUCAGCGGGGUGUACCCGGGAGUGACGACGAGCGAGCUCGAUGAGCUGGCCGCGCAGACCGCUGCCUACCAGGCGACGCAGCACCGUGAGCAUGAGUGUGUGGUAUAG